AUGUCUCUCAACGACAUCAAAAACCAGAUCGAUCUGUCUGACCAACCCGUCGAUGGCCUCUCGCCUCCCCCUAGGGAAAUUGUGCAACCACUCAACUCCGAGGAACUCAAGCGCGAGCGGGCCGUUGUCUGGAAGCUCGAUCUCUACAUCGCGCCCCUCAUCUUUUUAUUGCAGUUUGUCUCAAACAUCGACAAAGGGAAUAUUGGCUUUGCUGCUACUCAAGGCCUCACUACCGAUCUUCACCUGAAAGGCAACCAGUUGAAUGGGGCUGUUUCCGUGUUUUACGUCUUGUAUAUCUGCGUUGAGAUCCCCGCCGCCCUGAUGGUCAAGAGGCUCGGGUUCCAUAGGUUUGUGCCAUGCAUUGUGGGGAUCUGGGGCCUAGUGUGCAUGUGUACAGGGUUUGUCCAGAGCUAUGGCGGGCUGAUGGCUACGAGGCUGAUGCUAGGCGCGGCGGAGGGAUGUUUAUUUCCCAGCCUGAGUAUCUUCCUGCUGAACUGGUAUCGGAGGGAGGAAAUGGGGGUGAGGAUCUUCCUGCUGUUUGGUGCCCCAGCCGUGGCAGGGGCAUUUGGAGGUCUUCUUGCAUUCGCAAUCCUCCACAUGGACGGCGUUGCAGGGUAUCCAGGGUGGCGAUGGCUAUACAUUAUCGAAGGCCUCAUCACCCUCGUAGUCGCAUUCGCUUGCGUCUUUAUUAUCCCUAAAUCCUUCGAGACAGCCUACUUCCUCAAUGCCGAUGACAAGCGCAUCAUGCGCCGCCGCGCCGAACUUGCAGAGGCAUACAGUGGCGGCUCAGGCCACUACAAAUGGGCGGACGUGAAGCUGGCGCUGGCUGACCCGAAGGUUUUUGUCAGUGGUGUGGCCCAGCAUGCCACCAUCACCAUUCUCUAUGGGUUCGGAACAUUUCUGCCUGUGAUUAUCAAGAGCGGGCUGGGCUACUCUACUGUCCAGGCGCAGUAUCUGACGAUUCCGGUCUUCGUUUGGGGUACGAUUGUUUACUUCUCCGUCGCCCUACUCUCCGACAAACUCUCUACCCGUUUCAUCCCCAUGAUGGCCCUCGCGCCCUUCAUGGUGGCGGGAUAUGCCGUCCUUCUGGCCCCUGUUUCGUCAGGUGUCCACUACUUUGCGACAUUUCUCGUCGCCACGGGCGUUUAUAUUUGCGCUGGGAUCAACUUUUCGUGGCUCUCGUCCAACUCGGCCCCAGACGGCAAACGGGCUGCAAGCGUCGGCAUACAGCAAUCCAUGGCGCAGGUUGCAGGCGUUGUUUCCGGGCAGAUCUACCAGAGUACGCGCGCGCCGGGGUACACGUUGGGACAUGCGUAUAGCCUUGGGUGCGUCGGCGUGGCCAUGGUCGGUUGGUGCGUCAUGCGAUGGAUCCUGGGAAGGAGGGAAGAGAGGAAGAAGGAGGCGGGGAACAACCGGGAGGGAUGGGCGGGAGUGUGGGAUGACCGCGCGCCCGACUUCAAGUAUUUGAUGUAA